AUGUCGACCACCUCCACCUCUCUCCAAUCGUUCGCCAAUUCCUACUCUCCCUUCUCGUCCCGGCCGCAACCUAAUCGAAUGGCCCAAUCUCAAACCCCCGGGUUGGACACGCUUGCAGAAGGCUCCCAAUAUGCGCUCGAGCAACUACAGCUGGCGCGACAAGCCAGCGCGUCCAAUCCUCCGACUGAUUCCGAGGGCAAACCAGUCAGCGAAUCCGAGGCGCUGGAGCCACCGUCCUAUCGUGAACAAAAUGGCCCACAUUCUGGAGGCAAAUCCUCCUCCUCACAACAUGAUCCCCUCGUAGAUGCCCGGUCGGCAAUUCGCAAGAACUCGACCGCUGCGGCGGUACGUCGCAGGAUUAGCCGGGCCUGCGAUCAAUGCAACCAGUUGCGCACUAAAUGCGACGGGCAGCAACCGUGCGCACAUUGCAUCGAAUUUGGGCUCAGUUGUGAGUAUGCGCGAGAGCGGAAAAAGCGCGGGAAAGCCUCGAAAAAGGAUCUUGCGGCAGCCGCUGCAGUCGCCACGUCCACCAGUGACAAGGGACUUCAAGACGGCGGGUCUGUACAUGGUAAUUCGCCAAAUGGUCAGAACUCCCACGAGGUGAAUAUGCCUUACGACCCGGCCUUCGACGCCGCUCGCGCGGUACCUGAAUCCGCCCAACCACCCCUGCGCAAUCAUAGCGUUCCGGGUAUAUCGAGAAUACCGCAGAACAAUCACCCUGCCGCGAGCCAUCCUCAACAAUCGGUAGGAUCUGGCAUCGAUAGUAUCUCACUGAACUAUGGAAACGUACCAGAUUCAAACCGGCCAUCCAUGUCUGUACCUGAUCUGCGCUCUUUGCAAAUGAUGCAACAAAAUGGGAAUCCUCGGUCGCCAGCUGCGAUGAUUCACUCGCAAGGAUUUGGAUCUGGAUACCAUGACGGCGCAUAUUCAUUAAUGAACUCGCACGACCAAAAUGCCAACUCAAUCGGCCAGUUCCGACUCGGUGGCUCGGCAGAAAACCCGUCAGCCUCAUUUCUAGGAGGGUUCUCCCCGCCAGCACAGUCCCCCAGCUGGCUUCCUCUUCCAUCGCCAUCACCAGCAAACUUCCCGUCCUUUAGCAUGGCUCCUUUUGCCAGUUCCUUACGAUACCCCGUCUUGCAACCAGUCCUACCGCACAUCGCCUCUAUAAUUCCUCAGUCCCUCGCCUGCGAUCUUCUCGAUGUCUACUUUACGAGUUCAUCUUCUUCACACAUGUCACCAUUGUCGCCCUAUGUCGUUGGUUUCGUCUUCCGCAAGCAAUCUUUCCUCCACCCCACCAAGCCCAGAGUAUGCAGCCCAGGCCUUCUAGCCAGUAUGCUUUGGGUAGCGGCUCAGACUAGUGAAGCGGCAUUCUUGACCUCGCCCCCAUCUGCACGAGGCCGUGUCUGUCAGAAACUACUGGAACUCACCAUUGGUUUGUUGCGACCUCUGAUCCAUGGCCCCGCCACGGGAGAAGCCUCGCCGAACUAUGCGGCGAAUAUGGUCAUCAACGGCGUCGCCCUGGGAGGCUUCGGUGUGUCGAUGGACCAGCUAGGUGCACAGAGCAGCGCGACCGGUGCCGUGGAUGACGUUGCAACAUACGUCCAUCUGGCGACUGUAGUAUCGGCGAGCGAGUACAAGGCUGCCAGUAUGCGUUGGUGGACCGCGGCAUGGUCGCUCGCACGAGAGCUCAAGCUGGGUCGUGAAUUACCACCUAAUGCUAACAACCGUCAAGAUGGCGAGUUAGAGGGUGAAUCAGACAUGGACUUGAAUGGGAACAAGAGGCAACCGUCAUCACUUCUGAAUUCGAUGGGCCACGGGCCUGGAAGCUCCUCGGUGAAUCUCUCGGAAGAAGAACGUGAAGAGCGUCGUCGCAUCUGGUGGCUACUAUAUGUGAUGGAUCGCCACCUUGCUCUCUGCUACAAUCGUCCCUUGACAUUGCUGGAUAAGGAAUGUGAGGGUCUGCUACAACCGAUGAACGACGACCUUUGGCAAGCUGGCGACUUCUCCGCUGCCAGUUACCGACGUGCGGGCCCGGCCUUUGAAUGCACCAGCCAUAGUACCUUUGGUUAUUUCCUCCCGCUCAUGUCUAUCCUCGGCGAAAUUGUGGACCUACAGCAUGCUCGGAAUCACCCUCGCUUUGGACUUCAUUUCCGAAACAGCGGUGAAUGGGAAAGCCAAGCCAUGGAGAUCACCCGACAAUUGGACGUCUACGCGCAAAGCCUCAAGGAAUUUGAGGCUCGUUAUACCAGCUCAUUGGCUUUGGGUGGCGACAACGACACAGCGAUGGAAGGGGCACAUAUCAACCAUGUUAGCCCAUCUGGUCGGUCCAACAGCAGCACCGUCGGAUCACAUGUCAACGAGUCGAUCGUACAUACGAGGAUGGUUGUCGCAUAUGGCACCCACAUCAUGCACGUGCUUCACAUCUUACUGGCUGGCAAAUGGGAUCCGAUCAACCUGUUAGAUGACAAUGAUCUCUGGAUUUCAUCUGAUUCAUUCAUCACGGCCAUGGGCCAUGCCGUCAGCGCUGCCGAAGCCGCUUCAGAUAUACUUGAGUAUGAUCCAGACCUGAGUUUCAUGCCGUUCUUCUUUGGUAUCUACCUGUUACAGGGUAGUUUCCUCCUGCUCUUGACCGCGGACAAAUUGCAAGGCGAUGCCAGUCCCAGUGUUGUCAGAGCUUGUGAAACGAUCGUGCGGGCACAUGAGGCAUGCGUUGUGACAUUAAACACAGAAUAUCAGAGAACUUUCCGAAAAGUAAUGCGCUCCGCCCUCGCCCAAGUGCGCGGACGAGUCCCCGAAGACUUCGGCGAGCAACAACAACGCCGACGCGAAGUCCUUGCCCUAUACCGCUGGAGCGGAGACGGCAGCGGUCUCGCUCUAUAAGUCUCGCUCUAUCAAUAAGCCUCUCGAUCCCCCUCCCCAUCGCUGGCCGAGUUUAUCAUAAUAUCUUCUUCACAUCAUUCACCAUUUUUCCAUUUUCUAUUUUAAUCGAUUCGGGUUCCAGUCCUGUCGUUGUUGACAGGCUACGAAGCAUGUGGUCGACCCAAAAACAUAAGGUUCCAGGAUUAUUCAACUAUUCGAUGCUUGUUUUUUUGUUUGUAUAUUAUGUGUUGUUUUAAACGAACAUACCCCGAGGCGAGGCGCAAGGGAG